AUGUCCUUGCCCGCCUCCCACCGGGCCCUCCAGCUCGAGAGCAAGGAAUCUGGCUUUCAGGUGCGCGUCCUGGCCACGCCGCAGCCCACGACGGGCACCGCCAUCGUUGCCGUCUGCUCCGCCGCGAUUCUGCCAUAUCAUGGCGCCGUCUAUAGCGGAAAACAUCCCGUGCAGUACCCUACGCCGUUGGUGGGCGGGUUCAGCGCCAUCGGUCGCAUCGCUGCCGUGGGACCAGAUGCCACGAUUCUCGCGCCGGGGCAGCUCGUCUACGUCGACUGCGUUGUGCGUGCGCGUGACAGUCCGGACGAGUUCUUCCUGUCGGCCAUUUCCGAUGGCCUCACGCCAGGCGGCCGCAAGUUGAUGGCGGGAGCGUGGCGGGACGGCACCUUUGCAGAAUUCGUGGCUAUGCCGCUGGAAAACUGCAUUCCCCUCAACGAGGCCAAGCUCUGCCAGGUUUUGGGGUACUCGCCGCAGGAUCUGGCAUGCAUGGCGUACAUGCUCGUGCCCUACGCGGGGCUGAGAGACAUACGACUUGAAGCUGGCGAGACUAUUGUCAUCUGUCCCGCCACAGGCUUCUACAGCAGUCUGGCGGUGCAGGUCGCCAUCACCAUGGGCGCCAGCGUCAUUGCCUUGGGCCGAAGCGAGGACAAGCUAAAGGCGCUCGCCAUCGAUAUUCAUUCUAGAUAUCCACUGGCUAGCAUGGAGACGGUCUGCAUAACCGGGGAUGAGGCCAAAGACACGGCCGCUAUCAAAACCCUGGGCACCGUUGACGCCGUCUUGGACAUUACGCCCUCAGCAGCAUCCGGUUCGACGCACACGCGGAGCGCAAUCAAAUCGCUUCGUCGCGGUGGGCGCAUCAGCGUCAUGGCCUCUACCAAGAAUAUUGCCGUCUCUGAAAUUCUCCUCAACGGCCUCACAGUCAAAGGCAAGAUGAUGUACGAACGAGACGCGGUAAUCCAUUUCGUCAAGAUGCUGGAGGCCGGCUUGUUUCCGAAAAAUGGCAAUCUCGUGAAGACGACUGUAUUUGGCUUGGAUGAGUGGAAGGAUGCCUUCAGCUUUGCUGCCGAGAAUAACGGAAUUGGCCAAUGUGUAGUUUUCAAGCCUUAG